AUGGGCUCAGACGCCGUCGGCUCGGGCGAGCUGGCGCGACAGUCGGGAAUGCGGCGAAAGUGGAAGAGCCGCUACUACACGCUCGAUCCGGGCGCGGGUGUGAUGUACGAGCACGCGGCCAUGCCUGGGAGCGACCUGGACGCUCCACCGCCCAAGGCGCUCAAGCUUGCGCUCUACGCCUCGGUGGCCGGCGGCUCGAUGAAGGGCGCGCCAUAUGCGCUGCGGCUGGCCAAGGGCGACGGUUCGGACGGUGCGCUCGUCUUCUCAGCACCGUCCGAGGCCGAUCGCGACGCCUGGGUGCUGGCGCUGGGCAAGGCCAUGGGUCUUGUCGACCCGUCAGUCGGCGCCAAGGCCGCACCGGGUGAGGGCGUGGUUCUCGAGCCUGAGGAGGUUGGCGCCUGGUCUGUCGAUGAGACUGCCGCCUGGAUGCGUGCUGCGGGCCUCUCCAAGUACGUCGCUUUUUUCCGCUCGCACGGCCUCGACGGGCUUGCACUGAUGCAGCUCACCGAGGCAAAGCUCAAGGCCAUGGGCGCCGACGUGCUCUCGAUCAAGGACAUCCGCAAGAUCAUGGGCUACCAUGGCAAGCUCAUCGGCGCCCUGGGCACAGGCACUCCGCUCCCGGUCCGCCUCACCACCGGCGUCGAAAAGGCCAAGCGCGGCCAGUCGGGCUCCAAGCGCGUCCGCGACCGCGGCGGUGCUCCGGCCACAGACGCCUCUCGCAGGCACCGCCGUGGCCGCAAGCACCGUGGUCGCGACUCGUCCGCCCGCUUCAACAUCGUCUUUGAGGGCGACGAGCACGACGCCUCCGCCAACGUGGCUGACACCGCUGCUGGCGCAGACUCUCUGGACGCCGCUGGCAGCGACGCGCUCAUCGCCGGCGCUCCCGACUCGUCGAGCGCCGACAGCAGCUCAGGCGCAUCCUCAAAUGCCAAGGCCAAGGCCAAGGCUAAGGCCAAAGCCAAAGCCAAGGCCAAGGCCAAGGCCAAAGCCAAAAAGGACAAGGCCAAGAAGAAGAAGGACAAGAAGAAGGACAAGAAGAAGAAGAAGGGCAAGCUGCAAGAGACCUCUUCAUCAGAUUCUGGAUCGGCGUCUUGCUCCGAGCCCGGCCUGGCGCCCAAGCCUGCUUCUGCUUCUGCUCCUGCUGUCGAAGCAGCAGCAGGAACUGGGCCUGCCGGCGAAGUGCUCGUCAACACAGUCACCUACACCGAAGCUGUAGCCUCGCUCGACGAGGUUACCGACCGUAUGGCGCACGCCCACCUCAUACAGGCCGGCACCGGCGCCCGCCCCCAAGAACAGGCUCACGUCGACCCACGCAUUGAGCAGAGCAAGGUGUUUGAGCAGAACUACACAAAGCUGUUUGGCGGCGACAACCUCGACCUGGAUGCCGAAGCCGCACGCCUCACUGCUGCAACGUACACACCACCGGCACCUGCACCCGCCCCUGCGCCCGCCGCUGCAUCUACGGCUGGAACGGAAGCUACGGCUACGCCGAAGACUAAGCAGCCGACACCUGGCACGCCGGUUCCUGCCACGCCGACUCCCACCGCACCGAGUCCGGCCACACCGCCGGAGCCGGCAGAAGAUCCGGUGGUGCGGGCCAUCCGCAUCCUGCGCGACUCGCUCAUCGCAGCCAUUCUCAACGAUGACCCGACUGGCGUCAAGCAGGUGCUUGAGCAAGGCGUACAGGUGAACGGGCGGUCGCCCAAGCACGAAGACGAGACGCCGCUGAUGAUUGCGACCGAGGGCGGCAACGUGGACAUUGUACGACUGCUGCUGCAGUACGGCGCGUCGCCAGAGACCAAGUCACCCAAGGCGACGGCGCACACGCCGCUGCUGUUGGCAGUACUCAAAGGCAACGAAGCCGUCGUCGCGCUGCUGCUCAAGACAUAUCCGGCGCUGGCGAGUGGACGGCUCGAAGACAAGGCGCAGCGGAGUGCGCUGCACAUUGCAGCGCAGCGUGGGAGUAUGGCGCAUCUGAGGAUUGCCGAGCUGCUACUUGCCGCCGGUGCUGAGGUGGAGGCGACAACGAUCGGUGGCCUCACGCCGCUGCACUACGCCAUGGCUUCGGGCUCACACGCCAUGGUCCACCGGCUGCUGCGAGCAGGCGCCUCGAUCGCGGCGCGCGGUAAGCGAUACGGCGCGACGCCGCUCCAUGCCGCAGCCGCCAACGGAGCUCUGGCGGCUCUGCAGUCGGUCCUUGUCCACACCAACGAGCGGCUGCAGCUGGAAUCAUUUCUGGACCUACAGGGGCGGACGCCGCUGGCAUCGGCGGCGCUGUGCGAAUCGGCCGAUGCGCUCGCCUGCGCCCGCCUCUUGCUCAGCGAGACCGACGUCGACGUCAACCGACAGGACGCCAAGGGCAGGUCGCCGCUCGCGUACUUUAUGCGGCGGCUUGUUGACCACGCUGGCGCAGUUGCUGACGGCAGCGUGACUCACGAGGCGCUGCUGGCCAACGCAGGCCUCGAGUCGCUCUGCGCACUCCUCCUCUCAGCGGCCUCGGGCACGGCUGGCGGCCUGUGCGAGGCUGACCGCGGUGCCGUGCUCGGCUGGGCAGUCCGCGCCCAGUCGACGACGCUUGCCAUCGCUGCCCUCGACAUGGGCUGUGUCGUCGAGGCAAAGCACCUGCGUGCCGCUGCUGCCCGGAACGACGGCGAGAUGACCGCGCUACUGCUUGAGUACUUUGAGGGCGAGUACCCAUUAGCCGCACGGAGCCCUGUCCACGCCGCUUGCGCCGCCGGCUUUGACUACGUCCUGCACCUGUACAUCAAGGACGGAUGGCAGCUCGAGAUCGAAGACUCGUCGCAGAUGCUCCCGAUCCACGCCGCUGUCGAGGCCGACCAGCCGCUGGCGCUCGAGUUGCUGCUGACUGCCGGCGUCGACGCUACCAUCGCCCGUGGCGGUGGCUCGGGCCCAACGCCGCUGCAUCUGGCAGCACGGGUCGGCUCAGCCGACAUGGUCAGGAUGCUGCUUGCGUCGGGCGCCUCGCCGUUUGCGCUCAUGGAGUCGGAUACCGGCAUGCGAACGCCGCUGCACGAGGCCAAACUGGCAGGUGCAGAUUCGCACGUGCUGGAGAUGCUGGAGGAGGCCCAGCUCGCUCACAACCAGAAGCAGCAGCAGCAGGCCAGGAAGCCGACCGACGACACCGAUGGUAAGGCUAAGAUGCCCAAGUCAGAGCCGCAGGCCGCGCCUCUCGCCGAAGCAGCCUCUGCUGUGGCUGUGGCAAGCGAGGCCGAUGCAGCACCGGUUGCCGGGCUCGCGACAUUGGCAAGCGACGGACUCGCCGGAGACGACGGCUCGUGUUCGGGCGGCUCGUCUGUCUCGCGCUUCCGGCUCGAUUCGGGCGGCUCGUAUGACGGCGGCCGUGGCCGAUGGGCCGGCGGCCGGAGCCUCUCGGAGACCGGCUCCAGCAGCGCAAGCGUGUCGUCGGUGUCGACGCCGUCGACGCCGUCGUCGCUUUCGUACUCGUCGGGCUCUGGCUCGGACUCGACCGCAGUGCGGCGGUCGAGGCGUCGCAAGCGGCGCAAGGCCAAGGAGCUCACAAAGGCCGCGCUGAAGAAGGCGCUGUACGCAGCCAAGAAGCGCGACGCGAGGAAGCGCAAGCGCAAGGCCGCGCGACGCAAGAAGGCCAAGGCCAAGGAGCGCGAGCGUCGAGAGCGCGAGCGAGCGCGGCGUGCCGAGGCCAAGGCCGCAAAGAUGCUCAAGUCGAAGAACAAAGGCAAGGACAAGGGCAAGGACAAGCACAAGAGCAAGAGCAAGGCCAAGGCCAAGGUUAGGGUUAAGGGUAAGGGCAAGGGCAAGGCCAAGACCAAGGGCAAGGGCAAUGGCAAGGCCAAGACGACCACGAGCUCGUGCUCCAGCUCGUACUCGCUGGCAUCUCCAGAGUCACCGCUUUCUGCAUCAGCGUCAGCGUCAGCGGCAGCAUCUGCAUCGGUGUUAUCUGAAGUGGCAGCGCGGGCAUCGCGUUCCGACUCGGGCUCGACGUGGCGGGAAGGGCCGGACGGAUCUGACUCGGGAUAUUCUUCAUUCCGCGAGCAGGCGGUCACAAGACGUGGACCUGAGCUAGGGUCGCAGACUGCGUCGGCGUCACGAUCAACAUCACCGCAGCGGGCACGGUCGUGGUCGUCACAGAGCGUUGAGGAGCUGCGGUCGGCACGAGCCGAAGCCCCCGAAGAGGAGGCAGUUGUGGCAGAGCCAAUGGCGACAGAACUGGCGGCACCAGAGCCGGCGGCUCCGGAGGCCGAGGCACCAGCUGCGGCUCAGAGCCCACACAGAGCCCGCAGCCCGAGCCCCGCGGCGCAUUCUCCAGCGUCACCGCCGCGACGGGGCCCAAGUCCGGGUCGGUCACUCAGCCGCAGCCUUAGCCGGAGCGUUAGCCGGAGCCGGAGCCCGCACAGGGGGCGCAGCCGGAGCCGCAGCUGGAGCCGCGGGCGCGACCGGUAUUCGUACGGCUACUCUUACGACGAUCACGAGGAGAUGUACUCGGACGAGGUUGCGCCACCGCCGCCCGUGCCCGUGUCUGACAACACUCCCGAUGCCGUGUCGAGCCCUGAGGCGCGUAGGCCAGAGGCUGAAGCUGUCGAUGGCAGCGUCAGCGACGAUGUCGCUGUCGGCGGCACGGCCGCCUGCAUCCACAUCGACACCCGCGCCAGCAGUGGGAGCUGUCGACGCUGCGCCCGUGGCUGA